AUGGAACAGGUCAUGCAAAAAUGGGUGAAAACCAGCAAAGAGAGUUUAAAUGAAGAAAAUAAAACAGAACUAAAUCCCGAGUCAGACCAUGAAGGCCACAUAUCAAAGUCUCCUGUUGCAGGUAUAUCAGGGACUUCCCAAAGAAGUCUUAGUAUCUGUGAAACAUCAAGUAGUAGUAUAAAUAUUAUCAAUAAUGAAGAAAUGCUAGAUGAAAGUCUUGCUGAGCCAUCUACAUCUACCAAUACAACCUCAAAAAGAUAUGUGCAGAGAAUAAAUUUAAGUAAAUUAAAAGAUAAAUUUAAUUGGUUGGACAGAGAUAAGUCUUUUUUGUUUUGCAAAACAUGCAAUCUAAAAAUUUCAGGACAAAAAUUUCAUUUAAAAAGGCAUGAGGAGUCAGGUUCGCACCAAAGAAGCACAAAAGCGGCUAAAAUUACUCCACAGAUCACCACAAUUUUAACUAAUCCGGCAAAACAAAAAAUGGAAAAUUUAGUUAAAGAAGCAGAAUUGUGA